UGCGUCGUGCUAAGGAUAAUUUUGGUUGUAAAUUACUGAAUUGAGUAUCUUAAUUGAUUCUAAGCCAAGAACCAAGUAUUAAUUCCAAGGACCAAGGGAUAAUUUCCUUAAUUAUAGAAUACAAUCUGUGUUAGGGAAUAUAGGGCGAGCCCAAAUGCUCAACACAGAGAUACAGAGAUACAGUGUAAAUAAAGGGGCAACAAGGAGUCAGACAGAGAAGGGUUCUGCAGCAGGCGGGUAGUCAGACAGGCGAGGGUUCAGCAACAGGCGGGUAAUCAGACAGGCGAGGGUUCUGAAACCGGCAGGUAGUCAGACUGAACACAGGGAGAAGACAGUUAGUAAAAGCAACAUAAAAGAUGUUUAGAGACCUUAACACGAGGAAGGACGAUUUUUGAGAUCCACGGUUGAUAUACUUUGUGCUUAUGAAGGCGAUUGCUGGCAGGUUUGUAGACCGAGGGAGACGGAUGGAAAGACAAUGCUCCCAAUUAGGUGGCCGAAGUGGACGCUUUGACAUUACCCCUCCCGCUACGGACGCCCGACUGAAUUGAGCGGAAUUGGUUCCUUAUUAAAGUCCCAGAUGAGUGAAGCAUCCAGGGUUAGACUUAGAAUCAAAGAUCGCUCCUGUGGCCUUUAGCCAUCCCAGUCCAAAAAGUACUGGAGUCCCUUGCUGCAACAAUGCACAUCUAGUAGUGUACGUACCAUAAAAGCUCAAUGAUUGGUGGGGCUCGGAGUUGGUAGAGACACAGAGCAGGGCAGAGCAUGAAGUCUCCAGGUAUGUGAACUGGCGCAUGGGAGCCAGAAUGGAGUGAAACAGCUGAGCUGAUUCCCCAAUGAGCACAUGAAGGGAGAAAACCCAGUUGGUGAGGGAAUUAUCUGCAUACUUGACCAAGGGGAGUUUGGAACUCAGCAAGGAUGAAUUGGCAUUGGUAACGUAACGCAGCGCGGCCUCCAUCCCAUGGAUAGCCCGCCCUGAUUGUCCAUUCAUCUGUUGGUGGGAACCAGAAGAGAGCAGUAGCUACCGGUGCCAUACCUGUGAUAUGAACUGAAGUCCACGGUCAGAGACGACGGCCGUAGGAAUGCCAUGUGGCCGGAACACGCGGAGCAACAGAAGGUCAGCCGCCCCUAGCAGAGGAAAGUUUAGGUACGUUUAAGGGGCGGAGCAAGCCAAACUGGGUCUGGUUGAGGACUUGUUCUGUCCACAGGUGGAACAUGCAGCGAGGAGCGAGCGGGUGGCCUUGUCCAUGAUGGCCCUCCAGAACCGUUGUCGGAGGAAAUCCAGGGUGCGGGUUAUGCCUGGUUGGCAGGUUGAGGUCCUUGAUGCAAAGACAAGAAAGCAGAUUUGUUUCCUAGAUAAGGUGGAGCCCUACUCCACAAUAGCAGACAUCAAGAGUCUUGUUCACAAAUCCUAUCCCCAGUGGUAUCCAGCCCGUCAGGCCCUGAAGCUGGACCCCAAGGCCAAGGCCCUGAGGGACGAGGAGGUGCUGCAGAGCCUCCCCGUGGGGACCACCGCCACCAUGUACUUCAGAGACCUGGGCCCCCAGCUGGGCUGGACCAUGGUGUUUCUGGCAGAGUACAUGGGCCCUCUCUUCACCUACCUGAUGUUCUACUUCCGCCUGCCCUUCAUCUACCCCCACAGAUACGCCUUCACCUCCAGCCCGCUGACCGUCACCACACUGGCGUGUGCGUGUCACACGGGUCACUACAUGAAGAGGUUGGUGGAGACUAUCUUUGUGCACCGGUUCUCCCACGGGACCAUGCCACUGAGGACUAUCGUCAGGAAUUGUGUAUAUUAUUGGGGAUUCUCGGCUUGGUUGGCCUACUACAUUAACCAUCCACUCUACACACCCCCAUAUUAUGGAGAUCUACAGAUCAAUUCUGCAUGUGCUCUUUUUGUGCUGUGUGAGGUGGGAAACUUCUCCAUUCACUUGACGCUGAACAGCCUCAAAGGAGAAGGAACCAAGGUCAGGAACUUCCCCACUCCGACCAGAAACCCCUUCACUUGGUUGUUCUUCUUCGUUUCAUGUCCAAACUACACCUACGAGGUGGGCGCUUGGCUUGGUUUCUCCAUCAUGACCCAGUGUCUCCCAGUGGCCUUGUACACACUGCUGAGCUUCAUCCAGAUGAGCGUCUGGGCCAGGGGGAAGCACAGGGCGUACACCCGGGAGUUCAAGGCCUACCCGGGCCUACGUAUGGCCAUCGUCCCCCUGGUGCUCUGACGGCCUGUGGAGCUCCUGGUCAUUGCUGUACUCUGGACGAGGUCAGCAUGGCACUGAGAAUGAGUCCUCCUCUGGAAUAUACUGACUAUACUUGUUUUCCUUUCUUUCUUUUUCUUACAAUUAAUUCAAGAUUUAUUGCCAGUUUGUUUAAUAAAAUGUUAUUUAUGCUGUUUGUAUGCAAACUAUGCAAACCUCCUGGUCAUCCAUGGAGAAAAUGUCACAGAUUGCAAAGCAAAGCAGCGAUCAGACACAGAAGGAAGAUGCAAAAGUAAGCUUUACUUUACUUUAAUGUAUACAAGCAGACAGAAAACAACCCACAAUUACCAGCAAAUUGUGGCAGAACCUAGGGAACGUAAAUACAUGAAACACAUGCAAACAUUAAUUACUAAACAACACAAAGCAGAAACAGGCUGUUUGGUUGGGGCAGGAUCAUAAAAGAAAAGCUGUGUGCGUGAUGGUUUGACUGAAUGGACUUUUACUGGUAUACUAGCCGCACGCAACUAAGGACGUUGGAACGUCUUAGUCGUGUAAAAAACAACUCAUGAAAUAUGAUUCCUCUACCGACAGCUUUGGUUUUCCUCUUCGGGUUGACAUGCCUUUGGUUCCCAAAGGUCAACAUUUGUAAAGUAUGACCAACCUUCGGUCAAUAAGUCUGUGAUGCGCUCUAUAACUUCAGAACACUUUGAAAGAUGUAAUGCCUCACAGAUGUAAUGCCUCACAGACUUCUUAACGGUAACUUGACAACCGUAGAUUGUUGUGCAACCAGCAGGUCGAUACAAAGAGGAAAAACCAAGUUGUUUGUAGAGGUGACAAUCAUUUUAAUUGCAUCAAGGUCGACUUUGAUGGCUAGAGCCGUCAAAGUCGACCUUGGUGCAAUGUGAAUAUAACAAUCUGUGAAUAUAACAAUCAUGUGUCUUUUUCAUAGUCCCCAUGGUCACUGUACAUAUUGUAGGACAUGGCCUGAAUAAUAAGCUAUUGGCGUUUCUCAACACAAGCCAAUGUUUACUUCUUACUUAACGCCAGUACUAUAGAAAUAAUCACAAAUGGAUGAUAGCCAUGGGGAUAACAUGACCUCUUCUUAAAUAGCUCAAAUCCUUUAUGUAUUUCUCUGUGUUAUCAUUCUGGGCUACUGUAGAAACAUGGAAGUGCCAUAUGGUGCAUGCCUUUGAAUACAAUUUAAGCUAACGAAAGUGCAACAAUUCUUAUUUACAUGAUAGCAUAAACUAAUCAAGCUAUGAAUAUUAUUUUUUGUUUCUUCAAAGUCUGUUCUGCUAGAUGCCACACUGCACCAUUGAAUA